AUGCAGCUCUUGCGUUUGCAACAGGGCUUCCAAUACAAACAACAAAGCUGGCACAUAAUCCUGCUUGGCGUGAAGGGAGAUCUGCCUUGGCUUUCUAAAGCAGCUGGAUUGGAACGGCAUUUCCUGCGUGCGCAGCGUGUCGAGAACCCGAAAGAACCACCUGCAGGCAUCUGUUUUCUUUGCCAUGCGGGUCGUUCCCGCAUCCCGUACGAAGACUUUGGUGAUUGUGCUGCCUGGACCCAGGAUGGUUGUGAUCCGCCUUGGUCGCGACCGCCGAGCCUAUUGAGGCUGUAUCAUGACCCGGGGCAGCCUUCUGGACUUUACAAGCUCGACAUCUUUCACAAUUUCCAUGGUGGAUCUGGCAAGGACUGGGUUGCAUCCGCGAUGACGGAAGCCUUAAGCCUGGUUCCGGGCACUUCGCGGGAGGCCAAGAUCAGCUCCAUGUCACACAUCAUGCGUGAGUGGGGGCGAGAUGUUGCGAAGAACCGUCCUCAUUCAGGAGAUUUUUGCGUUGAGCGUAUUGGCCUCACUUCGUACCAGGUCUGCCCGGAAGCUUCGUGGUCAAAACAUAAUGACACCACGAUAUAUUUACGAUUCCGGCAGCAAUUCUUCGCUGAUCGGCCCGAGCAUGCGCACUCAGAGAAGUUAUCCUUGAUUUACAAAGCCACUUGUGCCGUGAACCUUGCUUUUCAGCUCCUCUACGAGGGUGGCCUGUGGAUUCCACAGGCUACAGCGCAACGAGUGGGAAAUUUGGGCAGGUUCUGGUUACAAGCUUAUGCCAUUCUCGCGGCAAAAGCGCACAGCGAAGGCUUUCUUCGUUUCCCAUUGCAUACGAAACUGCACUACCUGGACCACGCAUUCAGGCAACUGCAAGGACAGGCUGCCCAGUGUUCAUGGGUAUACAACAUACUCAACGAAAGCGUCCAAAUGGACGAAGACUUCGUUGGCCAACAGGCCAGACUAUCUCGACGUGUGA